AUGGACCUGCUCGAAGUGCCGCUCGAGGCGGUGGCGCUGCGACUCUACUCCCUCCCCAGCUACGCCGCUGGCUCGGUCUGGGCGUGGGCCGCAGUCCUCGCCGCGGCGCUCGGCAUCUGGGGCAUCAGGACCGUCGGAUCCAGAUCCGACGCCUCCCCUCCGCCUCCUCCACUUAACGUUCCCGCCCUCCCUGCCGAGCGGGCCGAACCGCAGGCCUCGGCGGCGACCGAUCGGAAGGAAUUCCGACCGAUCGCGCAGCCGUCCGGAUGCCACGUGAAGGAAACGAACGCGGGCAAGGCACCGUUCACGGCGUACUACCACGGCGCCUCCCGCGACGGCUGCGGCGUGGUGGAGGACGACGACGAAAGCGAGGAGGGCGAAGAAGCCGGCGUUCCCGGCGUCGGCUGCCGGGCGACGGCGCUGUGGGAUGGAGGCAGGCAGUUGGAUUGGUUGACGGCACGGCAGCGGCGGCGGCCGGAUGACUUGGGAUGGUACCGUUACCAGGACAUGACGGCGCUUAACGGAAGCGUGGUGAGGUUGUGGGACGGCGGCUUGACGGCGAGGCGACGACCGCGGCAGAAGCCAUUUUAG